AUGAAUCGAGACCAGAAGGCCCGAGGCAUCGUCCGCGCCGCCGUUACGAGGCUCAUUCAUCGGCUCGAAGCCCUCUCCAGUAGUGAUGAGCCCUCGCUCCCCGAAGUCGAAGAUACGGCGCGUCUCCUUGAGCAGAAGUCUAGGGAGCUCAAGGAUCUCGACACAACCGUUCAAGCAGGAAUAAGCGACGAGCAGUUCGAGGAAGAUUUCACGGCGGCCAGUCGGUAUCAGGACGACAUCUGCCUCGCGGUUUCCAAGGCCCAACUCCUCAUACGAAGCUCUGCGGUUGCUCCCACAGCUCUCUCCAAUCAACGGCCGCAAACUGCACCUUCAAUAGCCGCCGGUAGCCACCAGUCAGCCACCGUUCGGUCCGUCGUUCUUCCCAAGUUGCACGUGCCUGCAUUCUCGGGCAAGGUGGAUGAUUGGCAGGGAUUUUGGGACCACUACCGGACAACGAUUCAUGAGUGUGUUUCCCUGCCAAAGAUAGAGAAGUUUAAAUAUCUUCUCUCUUAUCUGUCCGGACCUGCUAGGCGAGCCAUCGAAUGGAUUGGGAUUUCUGAUUCCAAUUACGAUACGGCCAUCAGUACACUGCAACAAAGAUUCGGACGACAGGCAGCACUCGUGGACGCACACAUCGACAAGCUCUUAAGUCUUCAUCCUGUAGCAGCUGCGAAGGACGUCGAGAAGCUGAGGGAUCUCUACGACUCAAUCAAGUUCAGAACUGGCUGCCUCAACAACCUCGGCGUUCCCCAAUCAACUUACGCGGUGAUACUGCAUCGCGUUGUGAUGCGCUGCCUUCCUGAGGAGCUGGCCGUCGAGUUUUGGCAACGGCAGAUCGAGCGCGCUGAGUCGACCGGGCCCACCACCGGAUCCACUGCCUCACAGUCUGUUACGAGCGACAUCCUUACCGCAGAACGGAUCAAAGCCGUCGAAGACGUAAUGAAGUUUUUUCGUAGUCACAUAGAAAGUCGAGAAGACUGCCGCCUCGCCCAUCGCAAGCCUCUCGCACGUGAAUCUUCAGACUCCUUCAGUGAUGCUCCCCAGACAGCCUUGUCCUUAACCGCACGAUCGACACCGACAAGCAGUCCUCCACGGAGUUGCCCGCUAUGCAACAGCACCGCCCAUGGGAUAACGGAAUGUCAAGCCACGCUUCCUCCGUCUGAGAAGCGAAGGCUUCUCGGGGCCAAUCGCUGUUGCUUCAAAUGCGGCAAACGCAACCAUUUAGCGCGGGAAUGUCGAUCGUCGAGAUCACUCACAUGCAUGACAUGUCGUGGGCACCACCUUUUGCUGCUUCACGACAUUCAACCAAGCCGUCCUGAUCGCUCUCCGGCUGCCGUCAACGCCGUCCAUACCCCCGACCCGGGAUCACAGAUCCAGAUAUCCAACCGGGAGCACCGAGACAGUUCAAGCGCAUCCAAUUCACCGGUGACCACAGCAGCGUGCCUCCGACGAACUCAGUUUGUUUUGUUGCAAACUGCUCGAGCUUUCGCCAUCGGAAACACCGGCACUAGUCUUGUUCGGGUGCUCUUCGACACUGGUAGCCAUCGUUCCUAUAUCCGUCAAGACGUCGCCACACAGCUCCAAUGCCCAGUUCUCGGCACGGAGAGCAUAACCGUAUACACCUUUGGGCGUAGCAAGACUCCAACAACGUACCAUUGUCGGAGGGUAGCCUUGACGCUCAGGAGCCAGUACCAUCCAGAAACAAUUACUUUCGAGGCACUAGAAGUUCCUGAGGUCUGUGCGGUUACCAAUCACUCCUUGGACGCAACACUCUUGAAUGAGAUGCACGACCUGGGUCUGGACAUCGCCGAUGCAUCGUCUGAUUGGGUCGGACGUUUACUGGACGAUGGUAACCGGCAGCAUUCGACGUCUCCGACCGGAUCUAACAGCUGUGGAAACCUGUCUCGGAUGGGUGAUUCACGGAUCCUAUCCUCACUCCACAUCUGCUCCGUCUACAGUAGUAACGGCACUCUCGCUUGCGUGCGGCCCAAUAGAAUCCUGUGA